AUGGCGCUAAAGGCUGCGCUGAUUUGCCUGUGGGGUUUCCAUGCCAGCCCUCACUGGUGUCUCAGACCCCAGUUGGAAGCUCUGUGGACCAGAGGGCUUGGCCAGGUGUCUCACAGAUCAGCUAAACUGUUCAUGAGCGCUGGCAGCAGUGAAGAAGAUAUAGACGACAUUAUUGAUGAAAUCUGUAAUGAGAGCAGCUUUGCCAAAACACCUCUGAAAUUGAAGUCUAACUCUGCAAGUCACACACCUGAAAGCAAUAGUGUUGUUGGACAGGCUUAUACGAAAAGAUGCUGUCCAGUGUACCUGGGUGGAAGUUCUUCAGCAUAUGGAAUAGGAACAAAUAUUUCAAAAAGAACAUGUGAUCAACUACGUUGUACUGCUUGCGACUUCCGUGUGUCACUUUUCAACGACUACAUCUGGGAUCAGUCCUGUGAUUAUCUUUUUUUCAGGAAUAACAUGCCUGAGCUCAGUAAGCUAAGAGCAAAGAUGAUAAAGAAGAAAGGAGCACGAGCAUAUGCUUGUCAGUGCAGCUGGAGAUCCAUUGGUGAAUUAACUGACCUCCAAACAGACCAGCAGCUUCGGUGGGUUUGUGGUAAACAUGCAGAAUGA